CAAGAUGGAGCAAGCCUGGCCUGAAGCCACUGGACGAGAGCAAGUGAUCUCUUUCUGUUGAUGAAAGCUCAAAAACUGUGUUGACUCUGCCUAGCAGAAAGCUGGGUCCACAGAGGUCCAGAAGGAAUCUCUACUCUCCCUGGCUCCAGGAGAUAAAAAGAAGAACGUGGGUCUCCACACAGAAAUGACCUCCAUGAGGUCUGACACUCUCCAGCACUGCAGCAGAGGAGAGAGCCUGAGGGGGAAUCCCAGAGCGGCAGAAAUAGCAGUGCUUUAUCUGAAGUCCACAAAACCCAACAAUGCAUUCUUGGAAGACAAGAGCCAUGCUCGGGACAGGGAAGCUGAAGUCAAAGCUCAUGGGGCGGCCCUCCCUCCAUCAGGUGCUGUGGUGCCGAGACAACUUCUUAGUCUCUAUGGACCUCAGGUUCCUCAUCAGUGAGAUCCGGAGCUGAGUCCACAGCCUGAGAAGCCAGAACUGAAGGUGCAGAUGAAGGACGAUGAGAAGCUCUCUGGGACAUGAGAAUGACCCAGAGAAUGACAAGAUGUAUGAUUAUACUUAAAUAUAUAUAUUUAUAUGAUGGAAUGCUGUUCAACUCAAAGAUAAAGGAACUCCUGUCAUUUGUGAGAAACUGGAUGAAAUUGGAGGACAUUAUGUCCCUGUUGUCCUGCUGUGACACACCAUCAGCAUGGCAGGAUCCCACAGCCCUGCAUCAGAUCCCGUGGCAGAACUGAACGACCUCGAAUGCCAGCAGUUGCGAUCCCAGCUGGCAGAGAGCCAACAGGACUACUGGGAGCUCAAGGAGAAGUUUCUCAUAGCUGAGGCUACAAACUUUGCCCUGGCCAAGGAGCUGAAAAAAUACAAUUGUGAGAAGUUUAAAAACAUCAUUGAGUCCAUACUGACCAAGAAGCUCCACUUUGAGGAGCCGCUGGCAGAGAAGCCCACGGUCCCAGAGCUGCUCAGGCAUUGCCGUGGCAUCCUUGAAGAUCAGGACCAAGAACUUUCCCAGUUGCGUCCCAAGGUCCAAAGGGGGAGAAAUCUAGCCCACAUCCUGCAGCAAUACCUGAAGGACGUGCGCACCCUGCAUGACCCUGAGACCUGCAAGGGGCAGGACUUCCGACGACUACUCACCGAAGCUGUCCGGCUGUCAGCAUGCCUUGAGGACCUGCUUGGAGCAGAAAAUAUUGAAGAGGAUGAAACACCAGCACAAGGACUUGUUGCUGACAGGGAGCUCUUGGAAGUGGAUGAAAUGGAAACCGCACAAAGUUCACAGCAGGAAACAUCUACCACUGGUGCUGUUGACCACCUGCCGAGUGGCUCCUGCCUGACUGGCCUGACUGAGAGCACUGAGCAAUGGACUCGUGAUGCUGAGGACACCCACAGUGUGCUAGGUGUAGACGGGGAACACGCCUGUGCGCACCAGAAAGAAGAACCUGUCACCGUUCUCCCAGAAAAUCAAUAUGACGAAGUGGAGGUACAAAUGCAAGAUAUCACAUACACCUCCAGCAGGGAGCUCCCAGAGCAGCAAGAGCGGGAAGACCCAGACGACGCGCUGGACGAGUGCUACCUCACUCCCUCGAUUUUUCCGGUCGUUUCUGAGCCUGACCAUUCCACGUGGAGCAGCUGGUGCUCCCUGGAGCAUCAGGACGUGCUCUCUGUUCCAGAUGCAGACCAUGAGUCCCCCACUGUGAGAAAAGGAAAAUGACAAUGAUGACGUGGAAGUGGAAACACAAGCCCUGUCACACUCCAGUCACAUCAGGGAGAUUCCAGAGAUUGAAGAUCAAGAUGUCUCACAAGACUCUCACGAAAAUCAAUAUAAUGAAGUGACGAUGCAAGAGCAAGAUGGCACAUACACUUCCAGUCUCAUCAGGGAGAUUCCAGAGAUUGAAGAUCAAGAUGUCUCACAAGACUCUCCCGAACUGAGUUUAGUUGCUGCUCCUGAGAGGAAGACCCAUUCCCAGCUGGAGGGAGGUCCUCACAAAGAUCUCAUCACCAGCACCUGUGAGAAUCAUAGCAUCAGCCCCAGCGAUGUCCCGAGUUCCCCAAAAGGAGAUGUUAUCAAAGGAAAAUGGAAGCCCAGGAAAUGGGAACUGGCCUGCAGGUUCCCUGGCCUGGAGAUGAAGGCCAAACCACAGCCCACGGAAAGGAAAAUCGCAUGCCAAUUCCCUGGCCUGGAGAUAAAGGGCAAACCACAGACCAACAUGUGGGCACUGGCAUUCAGAUUCCUGGGCCUCCCUGCCUAGGAUCCAGAGAUCCCAAGUACAGUUGGAAGUAUAGAACAGUAUUGCUGAUUGUAACAUCCCCACCUCCUCAAAACAUCUAACACAGGAGCUCCGCUUCAACAGCAACCAGAACACCAAGAACGCAAUUUCAACCCCAUGAACUGCCCUCGGCUAUUUGUAUCCACCAGGCUGCUUCCCUGAGAGCUGGCACCGUCUUCCACCUCCAAUCCGAGCAAACACCUAAGGAGACCCAGGCCUGACUCCACAGCUGCUCCCGAGAGAACACCACCUGGCUCCUCUCCAACUGCCUCCUGUAGAGAUCUGGGGUCAGGAGGAGCUGGAAGCAAACAGCAUAGGACCCUGGGCACACACUGCCUUUGGAUGGGGCGAGCUCGGUGUGGGCAGUGUCAGAGACACAGCGCCCUGCGCACAAGGCUGCGUGUGAGCAGAGGAGAGGAUCGGACUCUGCAGGACGUGGACCCUGGCCCAGACAGCUGGCCCUCUCCUUCACACAGCCAGCGUUCCGCAUAGAGGACAGCAGCAGGAGGAGACUUUGGGGCUCAAAAGGACAGGCAGGGUCUCUUUCCUCCUUUUGAACCCCAACCAUCUCCCCCUUCUGCUGUCUUCCAUGAUGGGAACGCUGACUGUGUGAAGGUGGCAGGCCAGGUGUCUGGCUCGGGGUCUGCAUCCUGAAGAUCUCUGAUGCUUUCCUCAAUUUUGCACUCAGCCUCACUCUUUGGCCAAGCACCCGAUGCAGGGAGUGCUGUGUGCUCCCUCCCACAUCCCCGCAGGAGGCAGAGAACCUCUUGUGUGCCCAUCAGGUCCCCUGGCCCUGGCAUCGGUCAGUGGUGAAAGCUGUCUGUUGAUCUGUACAUCCUAAAGAUGUGCUCCUUCCUCUGUAUUCCUAACAACUGUGGAGAGGGUGACCCCUCAGAGCCUGAGCAAAAAGGGAGUGAGCAGCGGCCCUGGCGGAGGUCUGGUCAUCAACCCAGGAGGUGGCCGUGGAUGGGCGUGAUAACAGCAAGUUCAUGGUGAUGAAUGCAGCAGUGUGGCCGGGAGGGGCCCAGGUGGGCGAGGUGGGCUGAGCCUGCGUCAAGGAACCGGACACCUCUCUGAGCACUCCUCUCUCCACACCCAGAGUCAGGCAGCCCAGAUGCCGGCAGGACCUCAGCCGCUGUUCCUACCAACUCCAGUAGUGUUGCAGGAGAACUGGGGGCUCCUGAUGCAGGACGUGGGCCAAGGCAUCCAGAGCCCCAGCAAACAGCAAGGCCGUGUUCCUGCCGGGCCUGAGGCAGCUGCAGGACUUGAGGGGCCAUAUGCCUGCCCCCUGUCAUGGAAAACCAAGUCCUCGCAGAUUCUGGACACCCGCUGCUUAGUAGGUGCUCCUGGGCAAAGAACAAACCGAGCCAAUGGCACCGCUGCCCUGUGGUGGACCUGUUUCUCACAGCUACCAUUCUUACUUCCACUGUCUGUCAUGCCUGUGAUCAAGACAAUUGUUUUCCUUUCAUGAAAAUUGGGAUCCUAGGGAGGGAAUUGUGUUUCCACCUGAGUGUGGCCUCCUCUCAGUGUAACAGCUGCCUUAGACAUCGUGUCAGCACAUCUUGGGCACCCUAAAAUCUACAACUUCUCAUGAAGACAUCGCUGUCCAGGCCCAUAAGUGUCUCCAGUGUCCUGGAGUGUAACUGGAAUCUCAAAAGUUUUGAUUCAGAUCCAAAUAUGUAUUCCCUGUUUUAGUUAAGUGUUUUUAAAAAGAAAAACUCCAAAAACAAUUAAAAAUUAAAAAAAAAAAAAACCAAAAAAUUUAAAGUAAAAAUAGA